CACGUGAAUGUUUUCUAUUAUGUGGUGCUCCCGUUUCUGUUGUCACUUUUGGUGUCCUAGGUGGUGCUGGCCUAAUAUUAUUAGCAUGGCAGAACUUUAUGGGUGGUCAUAAAGCUCUCAGUAGUACAAAGGGCACGGACUCUACUAUACCUAAAGACUUUGAUAAAUUUGAAAAUGAUGAUAUUAAUAACAUAAUAGUUGGUUAUCUUUUUAUUUUGUGUUCUGUUUGGUUGUCUGGAUAUAAGCGAACAAUGAAGAAAAGAUUAGCCGCUGAUGUAGGUGGAAAUCGCCGGUUAACAGCUAUUGCUGUGCCACUUGGUGCUGUUCUGAUAUCACCAUUGGCUUUUGUCCAAUAUCUUAUGUAUUCAACAAAUUGUAUAAUGAACAUUAAAACUACCAUCAUGAUGUUUGGAUGUUUAGGAAUUGGUUUAAUAAUAAUUGAUUAUUUUGUUAGUCAUUCUGUCAGUAUUCAUGCUUCUCCACUCUUUCAUGUCACAACUGGUUGGCCUUUAUCUAUUGGGAGUGCAAUUUUAUUGGGACUUCUUUGGUUUUAUGGAGAAUUUUCAAUAAUAGAUAUUUUGUUGUGCGGCAUUAUGUUUCCUGGAAUUUAUAAUCUGAUAGCGUCCGAUGUACGGUACGCUAAUGAAACUCAAUUUCCAUCUCCCGGAAUUGGUAACAGAGCAUUCGAACUUCCACUUCAUAGUAGUGUAAGUUCUGCGAAUAUUUCGAUUAAAGGUUCUGGUGUUAUAGAAUCUUUAGGUGUUUAUUUCAAGACAAUAAUGGAUAAUGAUGACUCCAGACAAAUAUUUUAUUUUCUUUUAUUGAAUUUAAGCUAUAUGCUUGUCCAAAUGGUCUAUGGAAUAUGGACUAAUAGUUUAGGAUUAAUUUCUGAUGGUGAGUUUUUGGUAUACAUGUUUAGUUAUCGUUCUAUUAUUUUGAGUUCUUAUUAUUAA